AUGACUCGACGACUACCCUACCCUGGUCUCCCAAUGCCUCGCUUAACCACGCGCCGCUUGACUAUUCUUCUCGCUGCCGUGUCCUUGUCCGCCCUUUGCCUCAUUACGCUUCUCACAUCCGCCGUUCCCUCGCCGCCGAGUCUCUCCACACCCGAGCGAAAGGCGACGACGACGGAGCCGCAAGUCUACGACACCGCCACGAAGAGCGCGCAGCGACCAGUCACACCCCCGUCGCAGCCGCCACCCCGUCAAAGCGAUGACACAUACGCCAGGUCGUCGUGGCUGGCAGACGCCGACGCCCUGUCCAAAGUCUUCUCGAACGAAGUGACUCUGGACGACGACAGGGCUCUUCUUCCGACUCUGGAAACUCGGCAGCCUAUAUAUUGCUACUACGAUGCGCUGGACAAAACAAUGGCCGGCGAGAAUGACACAGACGCUCGGCUGCUGCUCAUGUGGCGGCGCGCCUGGUGGGCGCGAGGUUUCCAGCCGGCGAUCCUCGGCCCGGACGAGGCCAGUAGCAAUCCACUCUACGCCAAGCUAGACAGCCUGGAUGUCGGCGCUGAUUUGAAGAGGGACCUUUUGCGCUGGCUCGCGUGGGACACCAUGGACGGUGGUCUGCUUUCUCAGCCUGUCGUGUUCCCCAUGGGGACCGACUACGGGUUCCUGCCGACACUCCGCCGCGGCCAAUACAAUGCCUUGUCGAGGGCUGGCAAUUUGUCUAGCGCGUUAUUCUGGGGUUCCAGGGAGCAAGUGCACGCCGCGGUCCGGAACGUCAUGGCCUCGGCCAACCUCCACUCGGUCAGCUCGUUCCUGGACGCUCUGCCGGCGGACGCAGUGGUCGAGCACGAGACUCCCCCUGUGUUGGCUUUCUACAACACCACCAUAGUCGCCAAAAAGUACCCAAAACUGGUACUCGACAAGAACAAGCACCAAUUUGGAGCAUUGCGCAACGAACUGAUCAAUGCGCACUUGCAGUCCUCGUGGCAGAAUUCGUACGCCAUGGGCAUCGACGUCAUCAACCCAUUCGAGGAUCACAUGAGCAACAUGGUCCGCAACGCGACCGAUCUAGCCCAUGCUCUCGCAUCCUGUCCUCCCACACCUCUUGCGGGCUCGUGUCCCCCCAACCUACCCAAGUGCGGCCCCUGCGGUGCUACCACACCCUUGGUCGUCCGGCCUGCCAAGACCUUCGCCAACGAGAGCAGCGUCUUCACCAUUGGUAUGGUGCCCCAUCCGUGGACACGCACCGUCCUUGCCAACAAACGGGACGGCUUCAACGCCACCGUCAUCCACGACUCCACACGCGACGGCUGGCUGCUGGCCGCUGCCGAGGGCCUACGCGGCAAGCACCGCUCGCGCUACUCUCAACUCCUGGCCCUGAAAAGGGCCAUCUCGGGUGACACCGCCGACACCCGCUCCCUCUGGUUCACCGUCGAGGACCCCUUCCCCGCCGCGCUCGACUGGUACUUUGGCUUCGCCAUCCCACAGACUAUCAUCGACGACGGCCGCUCCGAGAGCCCCGUGCCCUCGGACCACAUCAACGACAGGGACCGUCCUGACCUCGCCUAUGGCCCCAAGGCCAUCACCGAGCUCGAGCGCGAGCGCGAGCUCGCCAUCCUCGACCGCGCCAAGGACGUCUUCGCCCUGGCCAGCACACCAUCCUCGGAAACACGCCGCCGCCGUGCAUCCGCCGAGGCCUGGCACAUGGCCGACACGGAAGUCUGGCGGUUCACGCGCGCCAACCACGACCGCCGCACUCUCGCCCGCACGCAGUGGGAGGAUGCCGCCAAGUACACGGACGAGCAGCGCAUUAUUAGCGAUGCGGGCUGGAGGCCUGGUAUGAAUGUCACGGGCGGCAACCGACGCAAAGAAGCGGAGAGAAAGGCCAAGGCGCGAGACUAA